AUGGCACGGACUUAUGUGUUUUUUAUUGCAAUUGCAUGCGCUUCCGCUCUCAUCGCUUCUUCCAUGGUUUCUGCCGAAGUCAUCGAACGCACGCUCCACGUUUCAAACAUAAAUGUGAGUCUAGUGUGCAGUCAACAACUAAUUGUUGUGGCAAACAAAAGUCUACCUGGUCCAACCAUAGAAGCUCGAGUGGGUGAUGUCAUUAUUAUCCAUGUUUGUAAUGAUUCCCCUUACAACCUGACUAUUCAUUGGCAUGGAAUUCAUCAAAAAUAUAGUGCUUGGGCUGAUGGAGCUACUUAUGUAACUCAAUGUCCAAUACGCCCCGGAAAUAACUACACAUACAAAUUUACAAUCACACGACAAGAAGGAACCUUGUGGUGGCAUGCCCACCAUGUAUCAUUACGAGCAACGUUGUAUGGGGCUUUCAUUGUCCGCCCACCAAAAGGCCAAUCAUACCCUUAUAAGCUUUUUCCAUAUAAGGAAGUUGUCAUUACCUUAGGGGAGUGGUGGAAUGCUAAUGUUGUGGAUGUGGAGAUGGAAGCACUUGCCAGUGGGAAGAACUUUAAUAAUUCUGAUGCCUUCACCAUUAAUGGCCUCCCAGGCGAUCUCUAUCCUUGCACCUCCCAAAAUGAAACAUAUGAGCUCAAAGUGGUGCAAGGAAAGACAUAUCUGCUACGUAUUAUCAAUUCUGCACUCAGUAAACAGCUCUUCUUCAUGAUAGCCAACCACCAUUUUACAGUUGUCGCCGUCGACUCUUCCUAUACCAACCCAUUCAAAACCGACGUCGUCCUCAUGGUCCCUGGCCAGACCACUGACGUUCUCCUCACAGCCGACCAGUUGCCGGGAACUUACUACAUGGCAGCCAGAGCUUACGCCAGCGCCGGCCGCAUCCCCACAGAGAAUACCACCACCAGGGCUAGACUCGUCUACGACUGCGCAAACAGUAACGCAUCAACCCCACCAAUGCCUCGCCUUCCAGACUUCAAAGACACAGCCACCGCCUACACGUUUAACAGCAACCUGACUGCGCUUGUAACGGCACCGUUUCGGUAUCCCGUCCCCACCAACGUGGACCACCACAUGUUCAUUACCAUCGGAUUGGGCUUCUCCCCGUGCGGGGAGAAUGCCACGUGUAAAGGCCCGCUAGGGCUAAGAUUCGCUGGAAGCAUGAACAACAUAUCCUUUGUGUUUCCCCAUCAAGAGUCAAUUAUGGAGGCCCACUAUUAUGAACACAGUGGGGUCUAUUAUACAGGUUUCCCUGAUCAACCCCCGAGGAUCUUUGACUACACCAAUAGUAGCCUUAGCUUUGAUAAGUCAUUGUUCAUGACUAAUAAAUCCACGAUUGUUAAGGAGUUUGAGUUUAACUCGACAGUCGAGAUUGUGUUGCAAAACACAGCCUUGGUGGCUAUAGAAAGCCACCCUAUGCACCUCCACAGCUUUGACUUCCAUGUGUUGGCUCAAGGUUUUGGGAAUUUCGACCCAAAAAAUGACCCCGCCAAGUUCAACUAUAAAAAUCCGCAGAUCCGAAACACCCUCGCCGUUGCUAUUGGAGGAUGGGCCGCCAUUAGAUUUCGAGCAGACAAUCCAGGUGCAUGGCUAAUGCACUGCCAUGUCGACGCUCACGUACCUUGGGGACUGGCUGCCGUGUUCAUUGUCAAUAAUGGAGGCACUAAAGAUUCCGCACUUCCUCCGCCUCCCAAAGAUCUUCCCUCUUGUGCGUAG